AUGUGGGAGGCGUUCCCAAAGCGCGUAUAUUACGCCAAUGAUGAAGAGUCAUCAGGCACACUUGCCCUCAUUAUAAUCCCUUCCCUGUUGGCUCUGAGCACGGUGUUAGUGGUGGCUCUGAUUUUUUAUACUCUAUCUUCUGUAGGUCCUCCAAAGGUCCCGGCAGCUUUAGAUCCCUGGGAAAUCCCAGAAGAGUGUGUUCUUGAGGGACUAGAGUUUUGGCAGACUGGUUGCUAUGGCCCCAUUUGUAAAGGUCUGCUGAAAAAGAAAGGUGGAGCCUCUUCUGUCGUGGUGGUUAAGUGCCUUCGAGAUGCCUCUGGCAAGCCUGAAGCUAAAGAAUUUGUUGAGUGGCUCUUCUUCUGUGCUUCAGUGUGUAAACAUGAAAAUGUGGUGCAGAUGCUGCACUGUCAGACCAAACGUCUACCCAUGUACCUGGUUUUAGAUGCCUACAACCCAGGGAAUCUCCUUCACUUCCUCUGGACACUUAGAAAUAAUAAUUUAAGCACUGCAGAUCCCUUGCAAAACUUCUCUGAGAGGUCAGUGUUUCUGGUGGCAAAACAGAUUGCAGCUGGCCUGGAUUACCUGAUGUCAGAGCACAGGCUGGUGCAUGGCGAUGUUGCUGCCAGAAACAUCUUAAUUGGCCCAGGCCUCUCGGCUCGAGUAUCUGGCCUGGGCGUGGCAUUUGAAGGACGCAAAGUGGAUUCAGCAAUUAGACAGAGGGCAGCAAAGGUGCCUUUGAAAUGGCAGGCUCCAGAGCGGAUUAUGCUGCUGCUCAGUAUCGACAGAAGCGACGUGUGGUCAUUUGGAAUCCUUCUAUAUGAACUGAUCACUUUAGGAUCCCCUCCAUACCCUGAGCUGGAGCCUUCAACAGUGCUUCCAAAGCUGCAGGCAUCUUAUCGAAUGAAGAGACCAAAGAACUGCGGUGGACUUUUGUAUGACCUGAUGAAGUACUGUUGGAUGUGGAGCUUCAAAGAGCGACCAGCAUUUUCAGCCAUCAUCAAGCUGUUGGAGUCCUCGCUGCACAUUGCUGAUACAACACCGAUUUGUAUUUCUGAGGUCAUUGACAUAACUGAGUAUAAGAGAAUGGCAGGACUGAUCGAAUAGACCUACACUCAUCCGCCACUUUCUCGGGUAUACUUGUUG